CACCAAGGCCUCAGUUUCUCCCUUAUGUAAAAGUCAAAAGGUUGGACCUUGUGCCCUCCAAGGCCUGUUCCAGCGCUGACAACUGCUGCUGUGUUUUCCUUUACUCUUAGCAUGGACUGUGGGUGGGGAUAGGGGCUAGAUCAGGAGUCCUCACCACCACGUGUUUUUGGAGGCAGGUUAGAGGAUUGGGGAGGGCCUAAGAGAGGAGAAGCAAGGGUCAAGUGUGGAUGGGUGGAGCUAAGACUGGGUAGGGGACAUGUACCUAUCCUAGGCUGACAGAGACCCCUUCUUCAAUCUGGCAUGCAGAGCAGCCAUCCCACCAUCUCGCCUCCAUAUUCUCCUACUGAAGUUCUUUUGACAAAGAUACUAGUCUCUGCCAGAGGUUUUCUCUCAAAAUGGAACAGAAUGGAUGCAAUCAGGCAUUUGAGGUUCCACCUCAAAUGCCAUUUGUAGCUGUGAAAACUUGAGCAAAUUAUUUCUCUCCCUUUGAGGCUGGAAAAAGAGAGUUCCAACACCCAUGCUCACUGAGACAUGGUGGCUGUAAGUUGUGUGUGUGGCCCCAUUGUUGUUUUUCUAAGGGUUUCCCCCAUCCCGAAAGUCCUUUUCUCUGGACCCUCCCACUAGCCCUGCUCAGACAUAGGGGGGGCAUUGUGUCUGUGGAAGCUUAAUGGCAGGUUCCAACAAUCAAGUCUGAGUCAUGGAGACACAUAAUGAUAACCCCUCGUGUCUGCCUCUGAUGGUGUUGUAUAUGCACCUUGUUCCAUGGGAACCACUGAGCAAUCUGCUGGGGACCUUAGGGGUCUCUUUUUGCCUGAUUGUGGACCCCAGAAGUGAACUUCUGCCAUUGUGAGAUGGAUCCUGAAAUGCAGCAGGAACUCAGGUAGGAAGUCCCCUGCUGCAGUCCCCAGAGUUCCUAUUUUUAAGUUAAGCAACUGAGCAGUGUCUCUUACAGGGACAGGUAGCCAGGGCAGGGGGAACCAUAAGUGGAGGGACUGGAAAAGGAUGUGUGGUGUCUCCCUGGUCCUAGGUCUCCCCUCAGCUCAGUGUUUGUGCACUUAGGCCUACAUGCACAAAUGUGCACACUUCAAAAUGCCCCCAAGUGACCCUUUUGGUGGCUGCAAUGUACUUUUGGGUGCUUGGGGCUGUUAAGAUGCCCUGGGUAUGUUUCUAUCAGAUCCCCUGGUGACCAAGACUGACUGGGAUGCACUGGGGCAUUUUUACUUGGCUUUUUGUUUAGGAUGGUAUAAAACUGAGUAUGAGGAAUGAGCCAUUGCAUAAGGGAUCUUGUGUUCUUUGUGCACCUCCUUGCGUGUGCCUGGUGCUGGGUGAGUCAGGGCCUGAGUCAGGGAGCCCAGGAGUCUGGGUGUGAGCAGACAUGUACCCAUCUUGCUAGCCUAUCCCCAUCUUGGUACAGUGGUGGGAACCUCUGAUGGGAUUAAGUGGGUGGGGCCUGCAUCCUCUAUCUCCACCCACUAAAUCCCCAAGGCUUUCAAGGGAUGAGGGGAUGGGAAAGGGAGGUGUCAGAGCCUUUGGUGCAGGUGUGGGACUGGGUCAGGUUCCCCCUGAAGGUGGGUGAAGGGCUGGAGGACCAGCUGGUGGCCCAGAUGCUACCUUCCUUGCCCAGCCUGCACCAGUGAAGCUAUCAGGAUGAGGCGAGCAGGCUCCAGGAACCCAUUGGGAGAAAAUGAGGCCUAUAUAUUGGGAACCAUGGAAGCUGGGAGAGGUGGGUGGCCUAGGAGCCCCCUCAGAGGCAGUGGCAGCCUUGCUACCUCCCUCUCCUCCCACCUCCAGCCUCAGGGAGAGAAGAGGGGGGCUCCUGGUCCAGGCUUGUGGCUUUUGUGUGACUUGCACCUGGCCAUCUGUAUCUGGAAUAAGGAUACCUUGGUCUAAAAUGAAACCCAGGGACAGGCAGUGGGCUGGCCGCCCAGUCCUGUCUCAGUCAUAGAUGUCACACUGGCUCUCUCCCCAAAUUUUUCAUUUCCUGAUCCUCUGCCACAGCCUCACUCACCCUGGCACCCCCUGCCCUACACUUUCAGAGCCUAAGUGUCUUUUUCUGCCUCAGAUUCUGGGUACAUUCCCUCUAUAAACCCAGGUGUCCUAGCCACACACCCCAAGGGCUGACCAGCCUUCAGUUUUGCCACUCCCUGUCCCUGGGGCCUGUAAUCGGAGCCAGGCUCCAGCCGGCUUUUCCGGUUGGAGUUUGGAGGUGGUGCCCCGAGCUCCCCUCAAGGGGGUGGCAGGGCCCACGCCCCGGAAGUCCUGAGCCUUGAGCCAUCCUCUCGUCCAGUGGUGGAGAGCCAGUCCUGACACUCAGACACCCAGUGUCUGGAGUCAAAAGAGCUGCAGAGGGACUUUUGCCUGGCUCAUAGUUAAAGGCAGGAUGAUUCCACUGGCCGAGUUCAAGCAAUUCUCAGAGCAGCAGCCUGCCUUCAAGUUGCUCAAACCCUGGUGGGACGUACUGGCCGAAUACCUCACAGUGGCUAUGCUCAUGAUCGGGGUCUUUGGCUGCACCCUCCAGGUGACACAGGACAAGAUCAUCUGUCUGCCCAGUCAUGAACCCCGGGAGAACUUAUCUGAGGCCCCGUGUCAGCAACUGUUGUUGCAGGGGGUCCCUGAACAGAUGGAGGGUCUCCAGGAAGUGAGCGGCCUCAAAAAUAACUUGGACCUGCAGCAGUACAGCUUCAUUAACCAGCUCUGCUAUGAGAAGGCCCUUCAUUGGUACCCCAAGUACUUUCCCUACCUGGUUGUCAUUCACACACUCAUCUUUAUGGUCUGCACUAGCUUCUGGUUCAAGUUCCCUGGCACAAGCUCCAAGAUCGAACACUUCACCUCUAUCCUGGGCAAGUGUUUCGAUUCACCAUGGACCACACGGGCUCUGUCUGAGGUCUCGGGGGAGAACCGUAAGGGCCAUGCCACUGGACGAGCAACAGCAACUGUGGCUGCUGAGGCAGGGCCAGGGAAGGUGGGGGAGGGUGAAAAAGAGAAGGUGCUGACAGAGCCUGAGAAGGUGGUGACUGAGCCACCAGCUGUUACCCUGUUGGACAAGAAGGAGGGGGAACAGGCCAAAGCCCUGUUUGAGAAGGUCAAGAAGUUCCGUGUGCACGUGGAAGAGGGGGACAUUUUAUACACCAUGUACAUCAGGCAGAUGGUGCUCAAAGUCUGCAAGUUCUUUGCCAUCCUGGUCUACAACCUCAUCUAUGUGGAGAAGAUAAGCUUCGUGGUGGCCUGCACAGUGGAGACUUCAAGGUUCACGGGCUAUGCCAGCUUCUGCUGCAACCACACCAAGGCCCACCUCUUCUCCAAGCUGGCUUUCUGCUACAUCUCUUUUGUGUGUGUCUAUGGGAUCACCUGCCUCUAUACACUCUAUUGGCUCUUCCACCGACCCCUCAAGGAAUACUCCUUCCGCUCUGUUCGGGAGGAGACUGGCAUGGGUGACAUUCCCGAUGUCAAGAAUGACUUUGCCUUUAUGCUGCACCUCAUCGACCAGUAUGACCCGCUGUACUCCAAGCGCUUCGCUGUCUUCCUCUCCGAGGUCAGCGAGAGCCGCCUGAAGCAGCUCAACCUCAACCAUGAGUGGACACCUGAGAAACUUCGGCAGAAGCUGCAGCACAACACCACGGGCCGGCUGGAGCUGGCGCUCUGCAUGCUCCCAGGACUGCCUGAUACCGUCUUUGAGCUCCGUGAGGUCGAGGCACUCCGCCUGGAGGCCAUCUCUGAUAUCACUUUCCCCCCAGGCCUGUCACAGCUGGUGCACCUGCAGGAACUCAGCUUGAUCCACUCUCCUGCCAGGCUACCCUUUUCCUUGCAGAUCUUUCUGCGGGACCGCCUGAAGGUCAUCCGUAUCAAGUGUGAGGAGCUCCGCGAGGUGCCUCUCUGGGUGUUUGGGCUGCGUGGCCUGGAAGAGCUGCACCUUGAGGGGCUCUUUCCCCCAGAGCUGGCUCAGGCAGCUACCCUUGAGAGCCUCCGAGAGCUGAAGCAGCUCAAGGUGCUAUCUCUUUGGAGCAAUGCCGGCAAGGUCCCAGCCAGCGUGACUGAUGUGGCUGGUCACCUGCAGCGGCUUAGCCUGCACAAUGAUGGGGCCCGCCUGCUGGCCCUUAAUAGCCUCAAGAAGCUGACGGUGCUACGGGAGCUGGAGCUGGUGGCCUGUGGGCUGGAGCGCAUCCCCCAUGCAGUCUUUAGCCUAGGUGCACUGCAGGAACUUGACCUUAAGGACAACCACCUGCGGUCCAUUGAGGAGAUCCUCAGCUUCCAGCACUGUCGCAAGCUGAUCACGCUCAGGCUAUGGCACAACCAGAUCGCCUACGUCCCCGAACAUGUACGUAAGCUGCGGGUCCUUGAGCAGCUCUACCUCAGCCACAACAAGCUGGAGGCCCUACCCACCCAACUGGGCAUGUGCUCUGGCCUCCGCCUGCUGGAUGUUACCCACAAUGGGUUACACUCCCUGCCACCUGAGCUGGGUCUCCUGCAGAACCUGCAACACCUGGCUCUCUCCUACAAUGCCCUGGAGACCCUGCCUGAUGAGCUCUUCUUCUGCUGUAAGCUUCGGACGUUACUCCUGGGCUACAAUCAACUGACUCAGCUGUCUCCCCAGGUGGGGGCCCUCAGGUCCCUCAUCCGCCUGGAGCUCAAGGGCAACAGGUUGGAGGCUCUGCCAGAAGAACUGGGCAACUGUAGAGAGCUAAAGAAGGCUGGGCUUCUGGUGGAGAACAGCCUUUAUGAGGGCCUGCCAGCAGAGGUUCGAGAGAAGAUGGAAGAGGAGUAAAGCCAGGGAGGGGCAGGUUGCAGUAGAGGCUUUCUGGAUGCUUCCAUCCCAAAAUCUCUACCACUGUCUUUACCACUGAGGUGGCCAGGUGAGCCCAGGCCAGGAGAGGAGAGGAGGAGCAGACAUGUCAGCCCAUGGGGCCCAGGCAAGAUCUUGGGACUGGUUUAUCUGGGGAGAUGGGAAGCUGUGGAUUUGGGGUGGAAUGGCAUGGAGAGAUUAACUCAGUCAUAGAUUCUCAGACCAAAACCACAUCUGUGUCUUGGCUGGCUGGCCUGCCUCAGCCCUGGGCCAGAACUUCUGCCCUCCCCCUGGACAUUCUAGCUCAGUCAGUGCCACAAAAGGGGGUGAGGACACAACCCGAUAGGAUUUCAAUCUUCUCCCCCCUACCAAAGCUUACAUCGGGGGUUCUCUCCCAAGGUGUCACAGACACAAGGGACCAGCACACACUGCCCUGACUUGAAGUUAUUUCUCUUAUUUGGCAAUGCAUCAAAAUCAACAUUCCCAGAAAACAUCACAGGUCCCACCCCUGAAAGUCUGACUCAGGAGCUUUGGCUCGAGGCCAGGAACUUGCCUGUCAAUAAGUGCUCCAGGUAAUCCUGAUGCCUGUGGUCCUAGACAUUUAUGUUGGGAAAUGCUGACCUACAGAGGAGGUAUCUAGAGCAGGAAUUCUGAACCCUUUUUAGGUCCCUAGACCCUUUGAGAAUCUGAUGAAAGCUGGACACCUCUUUCCUCAAGAAAAUGCCUGUGUACACAUACAUGCACAAUUCUGUAAGCAAUUUCAGGCAGUCAACUCCCCAAGGACUAUUCAAGGGUGUCCUAAGGAUUGUAGACCCCAGGUUAAGAACACCCGCUGUGGAGGAUACAUUUUUAAAAAUAAAUAAUACUAAUUAUCAGAA